UCUCCCUCUCUCCCCCCCUUCCCCAUACACUCUCUAGAGUCUAGCAAUGGCCGACAACUUCUCCUCGUGUAUAAUAGGAGCCAUGGAUCGUCUUUGGUUUCACCAAACUAUUCUUCACUCACAACCCUUUUCACUAUUUCCCAAUAAAACCCUUAAGCCACAGCAGCCCUACUCGGAAUCUCCAUUAUCAAGCCGAUCGGAAUCAUCUCUUGCAGAAAAGAAUAUACCAGCCUCUUUUUGCCCCGUCCCUGACCCUGAACCAUUAACUCCAUCGGAAGAAGAAGAAAAGUGGAGGAAAGAGCUAGAAGAGGGAGUGUUAGCUCCAGAAGCCUUUCACAUUCUUCAUCCCCAUCAGCUCAAAAGAAUCAAAGGAAUCACAUUCACAGGCAUUCAACUUCAUGUGCACUAGGGGGUAAACUGAAGAAAUCCACGAGUUGUAAGAGCUUGAAAGAUUUAGAACUGGAAGAAGUAAAAGGGUUCAUGGAUCUGGGUUUCAUAUUCAAGAAAGAACAUUUAGAUUCAAGAAUGAUUAACGUCGUCCCCGGCUUGCUCAGGCUCGGAUUUUUCGAAACCGAAUCGAAUCCCGGUGCCGAUCAUGAACUGCGUAACG